AUGGUGUCCCGAAUGCUUAUACUCAUAGCUCUUUACAUUAGCUCAGUUGCAGGAGAAACCGAGGAAGCACCUUACACAGUCUUGAAAGAGCAUCAAGGCUGGGAGGAGAGAGAGUUCCCUGCCACUAAAUGGGUUUCCAUUGACGUCUUCUCAAUCACCGUCCAUGAUUCUCCUGAACAACAAAAGGCCUUCUUCCAAUUAUUUAACUACAUUGAUGGCCAAAACUCAGAAGGAAUGAAAAUACCUAUGACUGCUCCUGUAAGUUUUAGAAUAUUACCAGGAGAAGGACCAAACUGUGAGAGUAAUUUUACUUUAUCCUUUUAUAUCCCAUCCAAUCUACAGGAGAAUACCCCUCUACCCUUGGAUUCAGCUGUUUAUAUUGAAGAGAGAGCCCCAAUAAAAGUAGCAGCCAAGACGUUUGGAGGUUUUGUCAACAGCGAUAUUGAGUUUGCUAUUCAGGCAGCAGAACUUUAUGAAUUGGCAUUUGCAGAGGGACUAGGAGUGGCUGAUGUUCCAUUGUGGACAGCAAGUUACAGCGGACCUAAUGUUAUUAUUAAUAGAAGAAAUGAAGUAUGGCUUGAAAUCAAUUAAAUCUAUAGAUAAUAGAUAUUGUAAUUUCUGACAAAUAAAGAGAAUGAAUAUUUUA